CUAGCGCCAAAGAGAGCCGAGGCGGCGAUACCGCGCGGCGCUGCAGCCAAAUGAGAAUCAGUCCAGCGUUGGUCGCCGGCGAGGGCGCAUCUGACAUUCCUGUGACAAAAGAUACGAACGGGGACACUUGAGGACAUUGGAGAAACGGUGGAACAUCCGCGAUAACCAUCGAUCUUGAACGGAUCAGAAGGAUGUUAACCGUGGUAGUAGUAGCGUCACGGUGCUGACAGUCAGACGCGCUCUGGGAAUCGGCGGGGUUCGGACGGCGCGGAAUAACUCGGAUCGGAAGUCGGUCGAAUGAGCUGGCUCACCGACAGACGACGACGACGACGACGACGACGACGCGUCUGUGAGCCGUGCAAGUAAUUUUCGUGUACAUACUCGCAACUACUCGCUAUUCCGUGUGCGGGUCUGUUGUUUCUGAUCCAGCGGAAUACGAAUCGGAGCAAGUCGUGCGCAUAUCAGGGUGGGAGGCAGAGAGCUAGAAACGCGAGCACACAGGGAAAAUAGAGAGUUGUGUGAAAUUGGGCCGAGAGUACGAGUACAGCAAGAGUAGAUAAAAGAGAAGAAGAGAAAUGUCCUCGAUGCCCAACGAUGCCGCACCAAGGCACAACCGAGCUGCUGAAGCUUAGUGCGUGCGAGGUAUACACGCAGGGACACGCUGCAGGUCCACUGAGGCUGUCACGUGCCCCUGAUAGAACGAAAACGAUGCCAUUGCCGUGUUCAAGGCACGUAAAUUCAGGUGGACCCUCGGAAGACUGAAGACCUCAGGCUCGGGUGGAAAGUUUGCACGAAAACGUAAGAAAUCUCACAGUGCCUACGGAAUCCAGCUGGUCCGUUCCUGUUCGACGCGUUUGCAGCCACGUGCGAGGACAACCGAAUAGUGAAGAGGUGGAGGAGCCGGAGAAGAAGCCGGUGGUGGCGGAGGUGGUGGUGAUCGAGGAAGGAGCGAACUGCUCCGGUUCCUCAAUCGUGCAAACAUGAGACGUUGGACUCUCAUGGCGGCUAUAGCCCUGGCUGCAUCGGGGCUGGUAAACGGUGGUUCUCACGAGAAACGGCUGCUAAGCGACCUGCUGGAUACAUACAACGUGCUGGAGCGUCCGGUUGGCAAUGAGUCCGAGCCCCUCGUGUUGAGCUUUGGCCUUACACUAAUGCAAAUAAUCGACGUUGACGAGAAGAACCAAUUGCUCAUCACGAACCUCUGGUUGAAAUUGGAAUGGAACGAUGUGAACAUGAGAUGGAAUACGUCGGAUUACGGGGGAGUGAGAGACCUCAGGAUUCCACCACAUAGACUUUGGAAGCCUGACGUUCUCAUGUAUAACAGCGCGGACGAAGGCUUCGACGGCACUUAUCCGACGAACGUCGUCGUGAAGAACAAUGGGACCUGCUUAUACGUACCGCCCGGCAUAUUCAAAAGCACUUGCAAGAUAGACAUUACAUGGUUCCCCUUUGAUGAUCAGCGCUGCGAGAUGAAAUUCGGCUCCUGGACGUACGACGGUUUUCAGUUGGAUCUGCAACUGCAAGACGAGAGCGGAGGUGACAUCAGCAGUUUCAUCACUAACGGCGAGUGGGAUCUGUUAGGAGUACCUGGUAAAAGGAACGAAAUUUAUUACAAUUGCUGCCCAGAACCGUAUAUAGAUAUAACGUUCGUGGUUAUCAUCAGAAGGCGGACUCUUUACUAUUUCUUCAACCUCAUCGUGCCGUGUGUUCUGAUUGCCAGCAUGGCCGUUCUAGGAUUCACCUUGCCACCCGAUUCCGGCGAGAAACUUUCUCUAGGGGUAACCAUUCUCUUGUCCCUCACUGUGUUCUUGAAUAUGGUGGCCGAGACAAUGCCAGCGACUUCGGACGCCGUGCCUCUGCUGGGAACAUACUUCAACUGUAUUAUGUUUAUGGUGGCCAGCAGUGUAGUCAGCACCAUUCUUAUUUUAAAUUAUCAUCACCGGAACUCUGACACUCAUGAAAUGUCUGAAUGGGUGAAAGUGGUAUUCCUUUAUUGGCUGCCUUGUAUACUUCGUAUGUCACGACCUAGUGAUAAAGAAGAGAGGGAGGCACAAAAGUCUCAGAAACCGUCUCCAGUCACCGGUAAUUUAGUGACACGAAAAAGCAUCGACACAAGUGCUGGCAAGAGUCACGGCGAUCUGGAGCUUCGUCAGAGGAGCAGCAAAUCCCUCCUAGCGAAUGUUCUGGAUCUCGAGGACAAUGCCCUGGCGUCCCAUAAUAAUCUCCUGAAUAACGUGUACAGUACCCCUGGCCCUCACCAUCACACGAUGGGCCAUGGGCACAGUCACAUUCACACGACGCCCCAUCAUCAUCAUAGCCACGCUGCAACGCCGCAUCAUCAACACUCAACGCCACUGGCACACUCCUCUUAUCCGGGGGCGAUUCAGAUCGGUCACACGCCGCAUCAUCAUCCACAUCCGCCAGAUACACCAGGUCCUCAGGUCGAAACAAUACUUCAAAACGCGUGUUUCUGUGCCCGAAACGAGCUCAUUAUGAUCCUCAAAGAAAUUAAGAUAAUCACGGAUCAACUGAAGAACGAGGAGUUGAACACCAAGGUGACGAACGACUGGAAGUUCGCGGCGAUGGUGAUCGACAGAAUGUGCCUAAUCAUUUUUACUCUGUUCACCAUCAUCGCAACCAUCACCGUCCUACUGUCGGCGCCGCACAUCAUCGUCACGUGAUUUAGAAAAGUACAGAUAGCCGACUACACGUUGGCGGUCGACGAGGAUCGUGCGUUGCGCAUCGGUGCGGACGGCGAGGAACGCGAACAUGACGACGGUGACGACGACGACGAUGACGACGACAACGACGACAAUGACGAUGAUGACUACCACGAUCUGGUCCAUGCUAGGAUUACGCGAACAACGUUUACAACGAUGUUUCUCCUACGCUUGGUUGUCCAGCUGAUUGGAAGUCGAGCCUCAGAGUCAUGUGUUACGCCCCGCUUUGGGUGAUCCGCACUGUUCAUAGGAAGAAAAUGAUACGAGGACACUAGGCUCUCUGUAUUAUUUACGAUAUAUAUAUAUAUGCAUACGUAAAAAGAGAUACUUAUAUGUAUACAUAUAUAUAUCUUUAUGUAGUUAAUUCGAAGAGGACGCCUUAGAGAGACACGUUGAAAAUGCGCCUACAUAGGCGCGUUAAAGGAACACUGACACGCGCGCGCGCGCUCACACCUACAUGCACACACGAUCGCAUACAAACAUGCCGGCCACGCCGAGGUAUGUGCAUCUCUGGCAUUUGUUGUGCCGCGAUAGGGAUGGAACGCGAACGAUCGCGAGCCUCGAGUUCCCUUCAGUUCGAGCUGACGCAAUUUUUUGCGGAAAAUUGGAUAUAUGCAACAUGCUGACGCUGGACUGACUAGUGAAGCGAAAGUAGUUACAUCUUCCACAUAUUUUUUCUUCGUUGCAUAAUUUCUAUCAAAAUCAUCCAAUUUCAGGUUUAUCAAACAAAUAUAUUUAAGUUUUCGAAUGUUGGAAAUUGUAAUUCUCUUCUUAAUCGCAGUGUUAAUUUUAAUCCGAUAUCUGGUAGCUGGGAAAUAUUACGUUUUAUUCGUUUUCAUGGAUAUUACUUUUCCUUGCAUUCUUGCGAUAGCGAGAAUAGAGAAAAAUAUCUUUGUUAUUGUUGUUCUUAUUGUUAAGUUAUCUUAAAGUGUCGCUUUUGAGUAAGACAACUUGCUAUCUAUUUAACCACGUUGUGGAAAGUAUUUUAUUCUUUGAAAACUAUUUCGCUGAAGUGGCGUGACGAAUAGUUUGACUAAAAUUUUAACGAAAACAUUCGGUUUUGAAACACGCUUCAGUAAUCGUUGCACGGGAUGCAAAUAAAUCUGCGUACACGCGUGUGAAACACGAACACGCAUACACGUACACGCACAUAUACACGCAUACACACGCAAGAGACAGAACAUAGAAACAAAGAGCACCGAGAACCGUCGAAGGGUUUAAAUUUGUUAAGGAAUAAAUCGAGUUGACCGGUACGGUCCACGAUUACGAAACGUUUUUUCGUUCGAUUCUCGUACGACCGUACCAGCCAGAGGAUCUCAUAAAAAACGAGAGAGAAAUAGAGAGAGAGAGGAAAGAGAGAUAUACAAACAAAAAAGAGAGAAGCUGAAGAAGGGUACACCGCUCCUUUUAUUGUGCUUAAAAGAGAGAAGAAGGUAGAGAGAAAUAAAAAAAACAGAAUGGAAACAGACGAAAAAGAACACACGAUUAAGAGCAAAGCGCACACGUUAAUAUUCUGAAAAACUGAAAAAGCAACAAAAAAAAGCAAAAAAAAGAGAAUAAUAAGUAAAAAUAAUAACUACACACAAUGAACUGCCAAAAUGUUUCAAAACAAUGCCAGUGAAUUUUAUUAUCCGUAUCACUAGUAAGUAAAAUCGACGACAACUUAAAUAAAAUGGGGGAUUUAUACUACGAUUAUAAGAUGGCGUGCGACAGCGCGGCGUUUAAAACAAAAGAAAAAAAAAUAAAAUACUGUUCUUUGUUAGCUCGUAAGAGAAAUCCGGCGUAAGCAAGCGGAAACAGUGAGAGAGAAAGAGAGAGAGAGAAAGAAAGAAAGAAAGAUAGAAAGAAAGAGAGAGAGAAAGAAAGAAAGAAAGGGAGAGAGAGAGAGAGAGCGAGAGAGAAAGAAAGAAAGAGGGAGAGGGAGGAGAGAGGGAGAGAAAGAGUGACGACGCGGAUAUAUGAAUGACUUCAGAUGAAAUGAUGACGAUGAUAACGAUUGACUUAGCGCAGCAUCUUUCUUCAUUUUCACACGUUUUUUCCCUUCUAUCGGCGGACAUCGUUUGUUGUUGUCCCUCUGUACACGCUUGUACAAGCGCACACACGGUACAUACUCUCUCUCACACACCACCAACACGUACAUAGACACUACGCACUCCGUUGCGUUGAAUUUCACACACGUUACACACCCGCUCCACAAAUGUCUCACACUUACGUUAACACAAGACGGACAUGCGUACACAAGCAAAAACUUUUUCAAUCUAACGUUCUAGGGAGUCAGGCUUUCGCAUCCUCGAGAUUCUCGCGUGACUCCCGGCGAACUCGACGUUCGCUAUCUAGGUAACGAGGCGUCUAUCUAUCACAAUCGGAUCCGAGAUUCGCAACGCGAUUCAAAGCAACUCGAAGCUGUUAGUGUAUAUUUACUUUUUUAAGUCGAGUCGCCUUCGAACGAUGCGAAUCUCGAAGAUCCUCGAUGGACGAGCGACCGUGUGGUUUCCUUUCGAAUAUUCCCGAACGCAGUCCGGUUCUGGGUACUUUCCCUUCGUUCUUCGAACCAGCAACCGACUCGAUUCUAUGCUAUUCGACUGUACGCGAAACUGAAUAUCAAGAUCUCGAGCGAUCGCACAAGUCUGAUUCUUGAAUAAUCUCUUGCUAUUCGACCGCACGCUACUCACCCUAAAUGGCCAAACCAUUUGCAGUUCGUCUGUGAAAGUACCCACGUCGGAUUAUCCGUCAACGGGCGCACAGCAGUUCCGAUUGAUUUUUGCUGUUUGUCGCUGCAAAAUGGGAUCCCUUUCCUACAAAAGUAUAUUGCAAGAACUUAUGAGAGAUCGAUAGUUAUGAAAAGAGUUGAAAAAUUGUUAUUCAAUGCGUAUCGAAAUUUACGAAUAAAUAAGAAAAAAUUGUUUUCAAGAACGAUUACUCUCGCUGCAUUGGUAUCCGCAUUAAUUAGGAAUUGCAUCGUGCUGAAUGAUAUUUUUUAUCGAACGUCGCGCUUCGUUUAGUUUCAUAGUGAAUAUUUGUUUCGACGAUAAGGUAACAAAAUCAUUUCGCCAGGCUUGACGUAUUUUCGAAUCUACUCGAAUCGAAGCUACUGUAGUAGAUAAGUUGUAACGUGUACUACACGCGAUCGUCGUUCUUCUGGUAGUGUCUCGUCGAAUUUUCUGUCGACCACGAGUCGGGAAGCAGGAAACAUUUUAGUCAAUAUAUAAGAAUGCUCAGUAUUUAAUACGAUAUUCCAUUUACUAUUUUGACUCGUGACCAGACUCGAGAUUCGAGACUCGUAGAUGCUCGAACGAAUCGACGUCGCCGGGAAAUAGCAUUUCCUUUUCGAGCUGUAAGAGUCACCAUAUUUUUCGAGCAACGUUAGAUUUCAUGCUGUACAUACUUCGUUAAUUUCAAUAACUCGACGGUUUUGUUUCACUUCGACUCGUUUCAGGAUCAGCUUACAUUGGAACAACGUGGUGCCAUAGUUUUGUUAUAUGUGUAACAAACUUUUUUAUUUAUUACAGUUUAAUAAAACCUCGUUACAGUUUGUUUUAUGUAAUAACAAUUUGAAUAUUCCAUGUUUUGUGCAACCUACUUUAAAUAUUUAAGAAUAAUUCUCCUAAAUGUAUUAAGUAAUGAAUGUUUAAAAGUUAGUUUUAUUAUUUCCUGAAAUUAUACAAAUCGACGUUAUUCCAAUGUGAUAAAAGUUCAAUUAGCGCAUUAUCUACAUUUAACUAACCCGCGCAUAUACCUAAAUUUCCACGAUCUCGAGUGAUCAUCUCGAUUAAAAACAAUGCAUACGAGAAGGAUAUCUUUAGACGUAGGAAAUUAAUCCUAACAUUCUUCAGUGUUUAAUACGAGCACGAAGCACGAUACAGAACCAAAUCUUAGCUCCCUUAGAACCGAAUAAUUUAUUCCUCUCGCGAAAGAAUAAAACUGAAAAAACGAACGCUCAAAAAUGCAAAAAAUAGAAUUAAAAAAACAAAAAUAAGCAAACGCAAUCUUGUAGACUGUGUUAAAUAAACAAAAACUGGAGAAAUACUCGACAACUAACAUAGACUAACAUAGAAGAAGCUUGUCAACGCAACUAGAAGAAAAGAAACAUCGGAAUCUCGUUAACGGAUAGUCUCGCAGGCGGGUUUGUUAAACAUAUAAUAAAACGAAAACAAGAAAAAAAAACUAUAGUACGUUUUGGCCAUUGGCAUUGACGCGACAACCAAUCACGUUAUCUUUUAAAUACUAUUAUAAUGGUUACAAAAUAAUAAUUAAAAAAAAAAAACGUUGUUAACGAUGUUAAAGGAACGAUUUAAAAUGAAAAAAAAUAAUAGUACGUAGAGGAUAUAAACUAUAAUUGAUAAUGCCUCGAUUGGUGGAAUAACCAUUCUCGAUCUUUAAAUCAGCUAACUAAUUAAACUUAUGAAUUAAAUUUAAAGCACUUAAUGGUUCGCGCCGGAAGGUUUUGUUAGAAUACAGUACUAAGUAGGGAAGACAAAAAAAUAUUUAAAAAAAAAAAUACGGUUAUCUCAAGUGAGUGUCAUUAGGGAAGCAAAAGAAUCGCGGAAAAGAUAUUAACAAAGAUAGUUCGGCAUGCCACAGUGUCGAGUCAAGUAAAAAAUGAAACGAAAUAAAAAAAAAGGAAAAAGGAAACGUAAUAACAUUAAUACGAUGAAUUAUGCGUUUAAAUGUCACGGUUUCAAUGACUUCGUUUCGCGAUGGAAUCUUUUUUGAACGUGUUUCCUUCUUCCCAGCGACAGCUGCAAAAUCAAGGAUAGCCAAUCGCGAAACGAAACGACUCUCCGUGGUUGUUAGUUCUUGGUUCUUUUCCGCAAACACGUUUGCUGUAGUUCAAGUUGGUGGAAAGAGUCGCAUGGCGACGAUUUAUUGUUAAAGCGCGACCGAUUCGAGCCCUUCGUUAGCCAAUUUGAAUUUUCAAGCAACUUUCAAGAAAUACCUGCAAUGGAUGUAACACUAUUGAUUUUUGGAUUAUUUGAUUCACAAGAUGUAAGAGCUUUCAGAAGUAGAUAAUAUUAAACUAUGCUUCGAAAUAUGACAAGCUUAUUCCUGUAGCUUCUGUUACGCCAUGUAAAAGUAUCAUGAAGUACGCGAAUAUGUAAUAAGCAAAAUCAGAGUUACCAUACUAUUGUUAUUUAAUUACAGCAGAUAACGAUGUCUAUCGAAAUUUUGAUCAACGGGACAAUUUCCAUGGUGUAAUGUGAUUGAAGCUGCUAUUGGCAAACUGUGAAGGAAGAGCAUUAUACGUUUUACAAUUAUAAUUAUAAUUCGUUUCACGAGAGUUAAUAUCGGUUUAUGCGUGGAUGUACACCUUUUAUAGAAUACUGUAAAGUGUCCCAUAAAAACCGGUUGCAAAUGAAGCAAUUAGGUGCACGAUAUGUGUUCGAUAAAUUAAUGAAAUUGGCCUGCGAACGGCUCAGAUUUGUUGCAUGUCGCGACGGUGGCGUUGAACGACGCUCCCAUUUUAAUCGUAUUUAAACGCGUUAACGUUAAGCGAGCAAACACUAAUUGUUAACGGAGAAUUAACAUCCAGCCUAUUGAUAUUACUUAUUAUUGAUUAGUUCUUACGCGAGCGUGAAAAAAAUAAUCAUAAUAAUAAAACUAUUCGGGAAUAUAAUCGUACAACGCACACGCCGAAUUUUUCGCGUGCUACGAAAUCUCAGUUGGAUUAUUCAACGGGUGACUUGUUGUUGCAAAAGAAGGGAGAAAAUAAUGCAUAGAAUUGCAGUGAAAGAAGGAGACACAACGCAGCCCGUAUUUAAAAGAAGAAGUUCCAACGUUCUAGCGAAGAGAAAUAAAAUAAAAUAAGAAGUAAAGGCGAUAAGCUGUUCGAUAAUUAAGAAAUUAUAUACUCGUUCUGUGAAAAAAUUUACUUGUUCUCACAUAUCGAAGUCAAGUUGGAAUUCGAAACAAGUUGCUCACUGAACAAAAAAAAAAAAAAAAAAAAUAAUGAUUUAAAGAUAUAAAUGUUAAACGAGGAAAAUAAAAGGUGAGGAUGAAAAAUAACGAAGAAAAGUAUAAACUAAAUUCGUUGCUCACGAAUGCUCAUUUAUUGUUUUUAUCCAACGCGGUUCCAGUGUUGACGAGAUAUCGUAAACCAGCCGCUUAGUGAGAAUAAUUAAUGUUCGAGUGUACUACUUUCAACUAUCACGCUCAACGUUCAAGCAUUUAAGCUGUUCACGAGAUUCAGGGUCUUAGAGAUUAAUUAGACAAAACGGUAGAAAAAUUGUCGAGACGUUCGUAAAAACUAAAACAGAAGAAAUGGAAACACUAAUUCAUAAAUUACAAGAAAAGGAUGAAACAGUGGUAGAAAUAAAUAAACGCGCAGACACCGGGAAAAGGGAGUGUUCUCUUUCACAUUUCGGGGAUCUUUUCGUUUGAUCGUUUUGUUCCGGGGGAAAUAAACGUUACACGUUGUAUUUACGUACUACGUAACAUGUAUCGAUGAGAAAAGCAUAGAGUAUCGAUAUUAAUCUAUAAUUGAACUAAUCAAACCGACGAGCGAAGAAAAUAAACGAUAAAAAUAGGAAAGAGAAAAAUGAUAUUUAAAUUCAAGCGGACUGUGACGACCCAUUCGUUCUUUUUCUCUUUUUGUAACAAUCGUAUCGAUGAUUACGCUGGUGCGAUAGGGUGAUUUUAAUUGCACGUGCUGCAAAAAUAUUUCCACCUUCUUGAACUCUGUGAAAGAAAACGAGACGCGAGAGCUUCUUUUCGAAAGAUUGCUGCGUUUGCUGCGUGAUAUAUUUUUAUCACGCAGCAAACGUCGCACGACAGUGACACAAAAGUAGCUUUCUUGUGCGUGAUCGAACGAUAUCACGGCUAUAAAACAGAGGCUCGUCGUGCUUUUUGAAAAAUCGCUUUCAAAGCGAAAUAGAGUCCGAUCUAAAGACUCGAUCAUCGUUUGAAAUUCUGACGAGCAUUUCUCCGUUCGAAGUAAUAUUUUCUUUUAUCUUUACCUAGCAGCUCGACUACGGGUAACGGUUGCAAGUUUUCUUUGAGCGAAACUUCCGAAUUAGAACAAAAUUUUUCUUCCAGUUUAUUCUCGAUCCCCUUUACAAGGAAAUUUCUCUUUGCCGAGUUUUUCGAUAGAAAUUAUUCUUCAAAAGUUUUCUCGUAGAGCGAGACGUCAGCUUUUUCAUGGAGCGAUCGAAUUUUCCUUUCAAGAAAAGUUAACAAGCAUACCUUGGACGAUUUACACGGAAUAGAAUAUUUGACAUAGUUGUAUUAUAUUUGAAACGUGAUUUUUAAAACAGUGACGCCCUCGAACGUCUAAAAGUAGCAGCCUACCAUCGGGACAUAAUAAGAUUUUUGUUUAAAAACGAAUCGAGGAGAAAAGACGGAAAAGUAAGCGGAAAUAAGGGAGGGAAAGGGUUAAAAGAGGGAAACGGACGAAACGAAGAAGCGGAAUUUACAGAAAAAUAACGCAACUUGCGCCUUUGAUAAAAAAAAAACAAGAAUACAUAUAUGUAUUAAACUCAGCUUGUCACACGCGGGGUUAUCAUUAUAAACUAUUAAUCUUAUAAUAAUUAAAAUUAGUAAUAACGGUAAAAUCACGAAGGAGGAGAGAAACAAUGAUAAUAUUAAUAAUAAAAUUAGUGCUAAUGAUAUUAAUACUGAUAACAAUAAUAAUUAUAAUAAAUAAAUAAUAGCGUAACGGUAACGUAUUAAUUAUUAAUUCUCCGCCUGUGCGAAAUGUUGAAAAUUUUUCUUUCUACGACGUUAUUAAUCUAUGACUAAGGUGACUUCUAUGAAGAAUCGUUUCCAAUAACGAAUAAAGAAAAAAAAGGGAAAUAUUAUAUGGUUAAUAAGAAAUUUAAAGAAAAUAAAAAAAUGCAUUAUAAAGGUUGGUACGCUAUUAGGAUCGUAGUAGCGCAUAUGUACAGGGUGAUACGAUUAAAAUGUAUUUGGACAUCGAUAUGGCGUACGAUUUUUCGAGUGUUCUAUUCGAGUAAAUGUGAACGAUACUGUUAAAAAAGAAAGAAAGAAAUAUCUCGAAAUAGGAACGAGAUCGAGAACGUAGAAUCGAUUAUGAAACGAUUAAAUUUAGAAAGGGGCUAAUGUGUCGAUGAAGCUCUUAAUCAUACGCGAUUUUGUACUGGCCAUUCAAAUAACAAAUAACAAAGUAUACAGAUGAUUAAAUUUUAGAUAAAAUCCUGUGCAGUUUCAAGAUGAAAUUUUAUUUUUCAAUAUAGUUCUAUCGAAUUAUUCUGGAUGAUGCGAAAUUUGAAUUUCAUGUAGAAAGAAUCGAUUUAUAGAUUACUUUGAGAUUAAAGAGGGCUCGUAAGAGUUCAGCCUCCUUCCUGUAAGAGUCAAAUGUAUUCCUCCGUCAACGUUGCCUUAACUCAAAAAAUAUCCUCGAAAGAUUAACCCAUUGUCUGAAAGAAACACUCUCUGCUGAACAAUGGCUCGAUUACCUUCAACGCUCGAAACGUCAGACAUCGAACGCAAGAUCGUCGACAAGUAGCCCCUUUCGAUCGUCCUACGACGUAGAAUCCAUCAUGGAAAAUAAAGAAAGAGAAAAAAAAACAAACAAAGAAAUAAAGGAAAUAAAAAUCGAAAGAAAGCAAGAUUCAUCGACCAUGUCAGGUCUUCGAAACUUUCUCCUACACUUUGUAAUCUUUUACUCGACUCGUAAUUCAAUCCAAGCAUUUUAAGGAACUUAUUAAGGUAACCGGUUAGAAAUAAAACAAAUAAGAUUGCUCACCGAGACACCGUGUCGUUUAAGUGUCACAAAGACAAUCCCCUCGGAACUUAAAAGCGAACGACGAAAAUUGUUGAGAUGUUUGUUGAAAAAAACGAACAUUUUUCUUCUCUCUCGAUGUAUGAUAUACUACCUCUACUAACACUACGCGAGAUAUCGAUAACUGUUUCUAGGUGAAAUUAAAUCGAUCUUAAUCGUUGCGAACGGUAUAACACCGAUUUACAUAGCCAAGAUAAAAAGAGAAAAAAAUAAAAAACGACUGUAGCCUGACGUAAUUUUAACGUGUAAGGUCUAUUAUACUUAUAGCACGUCAAAGUCUUCCGCAGUUAGUCUCCAAACAAGUAGUUACAAGACACACGGAAAAAUGAAGACGCAAAAACACACCAGAUGAAUUUCUUUUCCAUAUUCUUUCCCCUCCUUUCUCUAUCUUUUUUUUUUCACUACUGACGUUCACCCGUUGUUCCUCGUCUUAAAAAGCUCUGGUGAUAUAUGUAUAUUUGCUGAACGAACGCUUCUCUGAUUAACUGUUCGAAGAAACGCAAGUCCCCUUGAACGAUUAUACGGAGUCCAGGGUUUUAUUGAUCGGCUGAUUGAUGUUUAAUUAUGGGAACUUAGUAGGGAACGUUUCUCUCACGGAAAAGUAGCGAUCGUGUCACGUUCCUUGUCUUCAAGCACGAAACUGUGAAAGUACUGUGAUCGAUGGAGAAUCAAAAUUGUAUUUGUCAAGUUUAAGAGAUGCUUGCGUUCAUCAUGUGAUUCGUUUUUGUAGUGGAUACUGAGAAUAAGGAAAAAUGAAAAGUUGAACACGAGAAAGAAACGUGAAAGGAAGAAGAAAGCGAAGAAUCAGACUUUAUCGAGCCGUUAACGAGACGCGAACGAAGCGCGAGAAUUUUUCUUGUAACAUAAAUUGUGAAAUGCGCUUUAUUAUUGUAGGUCCCUAAACGCUGGAAGGUAGGUAGAAACGCUUAGAAAUUACGAGCGCUCGAGCAAAGUUGGAGAAAACAUUACGGAAUGUUUCAGCGAAGAAAAGUGUGUAUAUUACGCUUUGUAAUUAGUAAACAAAUUUUUUCCGACGUUUAUCGCGCGUUGCACGAAGACACUCGAAAGAUCGACGACCCUUUGUCCCAUUUUACUAGAUCGCUCUUUAUACGCAUAAAGUAUACAGCAGGUCAGCCGAAAUGAAGUAUAAACGAAGAACAAGGUUGACGUAAUUCGCAUAGAAGACGUAAUAAUUAUGAAAACGAGGAGAGAAAAUGUAUAGUAUAGUCUGAGGUUUUCUCAUUUCUAGGACUAACGUUGUAUUCAACUUGGAAUGUAAUUAAGCGAAGUAUUUAUCGAAAGAAGUUUUUUCGUUCCUCGUAAGAGAACGUUUCGUUACGUUACAUUAAAAUACAAAAACUAUUCUUUACAAUUUACUGUAACUUGCAAGCAACUUUUCAUACAUACUUGUACUUUCUUCUGUAAAUAUAAAGUCCCGUUAUUUCUAAACUUGUGUACCAUUGCAAUUCUCUUUCUGAUUCUAUUUAUUAUAACAUAAAAUCAAUGCUUAAGUUAUUGGUAAAAUCAAAUUGUUUACUCGUCACCUGCAUUUUUUUUUAACAAAAACGAGUUAUAUUAAUUUAAUAACAGUUUGAUUUCUGUUACAAAUAUUCUGUAAGCUUAAGACAAACGCGUGACAAGCAAUAAACUGAGCAAUAAAUACAGUACGAAUAUAACUUGAAGAAAAUACACAAAACAGAUACUGUUUUUACUAAAGUUCUGAUCAAUCAAUAGCAAAACGGUCGGUACAUUUCAAUCUCGAAAAUUAUUUUAGAUUUGGAGCAAAACUUAUACUAUCAAACGAAUAAAUUUUUCUUGCCAAAACUUACUACAGGUGGAUGAAAUCUGAUAAAAAAUCAGUUUUUCGCCCCACCUCGCCAUUUCGGCUGAACUUCGUGUAUACGUAUGAAUGUAUACAUAUAUAUAUGUGUAUAUAUAUAUAUAUAUAUAUAUAUAUAUAUAUAUAUAUAUAUAUAUAUGUAACGCAUAUACGUACGUAUAUUCUCUUUAGAUACGUAUUAUGAAGAGAUUGAAUUAAAACUACGGCGAAAGGUAGCGUGUAAAAAAUAAAAUCGGCGGAAAAAGACGCGGAGGUAAAAGCUAGAAAAAUUGAAAUUGUUGCUCGCAAAUCAGUCCCCAUUGUUAUACUCAUUGUCAGCAAAACGAUAAUCUGUGCCGAUUUUUCACGGACCUUCCCACGCUCGACAUCGUUUGAGGAAAAAAAAACAUUAACCCCUUCCCCUACUCUAUCGAGUCAGACUCGCGAUGAAGAUUUUGGCCCAAACAUAAAUAUCGCGAGUCUGACUCGCGACCAGAUACUUGGGCUAAACGUAAACAUAAUAAGCCGAGCUCGCGGACUGUUUUUUUGCUCGUUAUCUAUUUAGCGUGCGUCGAUGUCUAUUGCUUGGGUCCGAGUUUCGUCGAACUAAAUGGCACGGGAAGGGGUUAAGGACGUUCAUCGUCCCGCUGCUUUCUUUUCUACUUUCUGCUCGAUUUCUUCUUCCUUCGACGAUAUGAACCGCGAACGAAGUCGAGACGUGAUAUUCUCAACGCGCAUAAGAUAUCUGUUAUUCCGCACGUAUUUUAAACACGAAGAAACAUCGAAGAAUCGUCGCAUAACCCAUGGCCACAUCCUCUUGCUGAAUGGAAUCGAUUAACUUCGUGCUUUACCACUUAACACGUAUUCACACGUGAAAUAGCAGACGAUAAAAGUCUAUACGUUUGACGUGAGCUUGAAGAAUUUUUACUUUCAGAGAUGUAAUUAGAAAACUGACUAAGAACUUACCAUUAGAUUUGAAAUUCGUAUAGAAUUCAUCAUGUCCAAGACGAAGUAAUUGUUAAAACAUUUAAAAGGCGAAACAAUUUUCUUUCACGUUCAACUAUUUUACAUGGGUUCGUAAAAUGAAUUAGCAUAAAUAUUCGCGUCUACAUAUAAGGCAACAAGUUAAUCGACCUCCAUCGAAGCAACGUGAUCACAUAAGGGGUAAAAAGAUCGACGACGAUUAUGAUGCUGAUGGGGUGUUAAAUGCGUGGAGUGGCGGAGUUUCUUUUCUCACGAUUCACUGCCGCGGACUUCAUGGCAGUGUGUAUUAUUCAGAAUUAGGAUAAACGAUUAGCGCGGACACGCAAUGUUCAAGUGCCAAAUUUUUAGCUAUCUCUAGCUCGUAAUUUAUCGCGCCUGUCGAACCCAGCAGACGCUUAAUUAGCGCGCGCGCAAAAGAGAGAGAGAAAGAGAGAAAGAAUGUGUGUGUGUGUGUGUGUGUGUGUGUGCGUGUGCGUGCGCGUGUGCGUGCGCGUGUGCGUGCGUGAAAGAAAGAGAGAGAGAGAGAGAAUCGAGAGUAUUUCACAAAAGAGAGAAAUUAUUCGCAUUGGCGACUGAAGUCGGACGGAUUUGUAUAGAAUAGAUCGAGACUGUUUAAGAGAUUCGUUGUAAAACGAUUAAGGGAUUUAGCGAUGGAGUUUCGAUAUGGCGCAUGCUUCUGUACGCGAGUCGUGUAAUUAUGGAAUGUGCUACGAAUGAUUCGAAGGAUUUUUGAGUAACUGAUAUUGAAAUGUACCUGUUAUUUUUUUUCUAUUUUUGCAAAAAGGUAGAAAUAUUGAAUUCACUUGCGAUUUUUAUUCAAUUCAGUUCUGAUAAUAAUGUCUAUCGAAAGAAGAAAUGUUAUGGAUACAAAAAUAUUAUUGACGUUAUUAUCGAGUCGAAAAAUUGCCGUGCUAUUUUUUAAUUUGAGGAAAGUUCAAUGAUUGCUCGAAUAUCCUUUCGAACGGUCUUAAAGUUACCAUCGAAUUUAUGUAUCUUCCUGAAUUAUUUUGUUGGAAAUUUGACUAGCAAGAUAAACGCUCAAAACGUUCAUGAAUAUGUAUCAUUGUUAAGAAAAAAUCAAUAAUUAACAUAUUUUUACUGCGUUCAAAAGUUCGACUGAAAUUUUUGCAAUCUGUCGUGAUUUUCCGUGUGCGAGAAGUCGCCGAGCGGUACUCUCGAUGUAACGGAUGGAGAAAGGAGGAAAUUAAAAAUAAUAAUAAUAUAUAAAAGAAAAUAAAUAAACUUAAAGAAAACGCGUCACAGCCAACUGAAUUUAAAAUGAAUUUUUACAAAGGGACGUUUGUAGUACGGCCGUAAGAAACAACGUGGACGACAAAGGGUUAAAAGUCAACUUUCGAAUUAAUUUUCGAAUAGGUAACUCUCGUUCCCUUCAUUUCGAAGAACAACAAUAGUCGGCUCAAAAAAAUUCUCACACUCUCUCACUACAAAACGAUUCACCGUUUGUAAAAUCUCCUCUGUUUUCCUUCUUUAAGCGAUCAGAAGUCGAUAACCGAGUCGAAGAAAUGGAAAGAAGAAAUCACAAACAAAAAAAACCACAAGCCGAUAAGGUUCAUGCUUGAAGACAAAUACUAGAAAACGAAAGAAAGGAAGGAGGAAAAAGCGGAAAAAAGAAAGAUAUAAAAAACAAGGAUGAAUAAGUUCUAAAGUCAAAAAAGAAAAAGGGGAAAAUACAAAGAAAAAAAAGGAAGAAUUAAAUGUGUACUAUUAAAAAAUAUAAUCUCUACGCAUAUUUAAAAAGAUACUUGAAUGCUAAACGCCAAAUAUUCGUAAUACACACCGAGGGGAACUAAAUAAAAGCUAAACUAAAUCAAUCAAUAAUCGAGUAACUGAAUAUUAAACGCUAGCCUGUAAUCAAUAGAGACUGUAGUAAUAUUACUUCGAACAGUAAAUUAUAGGGGUGAUUCAAAAGAUAGUUUACUAGAAGUUAGGCUCGAAUUUUUAUCAAGAUCAUUUUCUCUCUAAACUAACAGAAAAAAAGCUAAAUAUGUAAUUAUCUCAGAACAAUCUAUCAAACUUAACGAAGCCAAAAACGAAACGAAAAGAAAAAUAUGAUAAAGGACCGUAGCUGGGGAUGAUUGAUCUUAAUCAAGAAUUUAAAAUCGAACCGAAUAUAAGAAGAAAAACGAUUCAAGUAAGACCGAUGUAUAAAAAGCUUGCCGUUGACAAAACAGCGACACAGACCGCUGAGAUAUGAAUGCACGAGAUCUAUUUCUUCUCUACCUACGCUCUUUUCUUCCCUGAUAAUAUAUUUUAACGAAGGAUCGUCUCUUUAUUGUCCACCGUUACACCAGUCGUCGAAGUCGUUACGAGGUUAAUAGAAAAAAAAGAAAAAAGUUUGUGCGAGUCUAACGAAGGAUAACACAGAAAUAAUAUUUCGAGCCUGUGAAUGCGUGAGAGAGUGAGAAAGUUGGUGAGAAAGGGGGAGAGAAUGAGAAAUAGAAAAAACCAGAGAAUGUAUGAGAGAGAGAGAGAAUGAGAGAAUAUGAGAGGGUGAGAAAAAGGGGAGAGAGAAAAAGAGAGAGAGAGAGUAAACAAGAAAUAAAUGAGAAAUAAAAUUUGCGUUACCCGUGCAAAUAUAUUAUAUAGGAGGAAAAAAGAAAACAAAAUAUUCAAAAAAGGAGAAAGAAAAAGAAAGAGAGAGAGAGAGAAAGGAUGAAAACGAUACUCCCUUUUCCGUAGACCCUGGUGGGACGAUGCAAUUGAACCUCGAUCUCACUUGACUUUUAAUUAUGCCUCGACAACAGCCUGGCCUGAUAAUAGUAAAUUCACAUUGAAGAACAUUAAGUAAGAUAAUAAUAAUAUUAAUAAUAAUAUUAAUAAUAAUAAUAAUGAUAUUAAUACUAAUAAUAAUAAGAGUAAGAAUAAUAAUAACAAUAGUACUAAUACUACUAAUAAUAAAAAAAUUUGUUAUAUUUCUACGCUGGGCUCUUUUUCGAGGCAGAAACGUUGAUCGAUAUGAAAAUCCCUGUUAACUGGUGAGCACAUAAUCGCCGCAUUGUAAUAUUAUUAACAUUAUUACGUUAUUAUGAAAUUGUUGAAAUAAAUGAAAUGAAUAUA